AUGCCCACCUUCUUAUUCUUCACUACCUUCAAGAUAUUAUCCAUUCUUAUCUUGUUCAACUUCCCUAUACCUUCUUUUUGUGUAGAAGUUCAUAUCAAGCGUUCUCUCAUUGAUUUCAUCCAAAAACUCUCAGGCGACAACUCUGACGACAUCGCUAAAACCUUCGGCUGGACGAUAUCAACCGAUCCCUGCACACAUCAAUGGAAUGGUGUCUCAUGCAACAAUGAAACAGGCACACUUAAAAAAAUAAUCUUAGAAAACAAAGGAUUCAAUGGUUCCAUUGAUGCAAGCUCACUAUGCAGAGCUCCAAGGCUUACAGUUGUUAGUCUUCAUCACAAUGAACUUCAAGGUCCUCUCUUGCCGGAGAUUUCAGACUGUAAGCAGUUAACCCACUUGCUCAUCAAUGGAAACAAGCUCUCAGGUAGCUUACCAUCUUCUAUAUCCAACCUUGAUAACUUGAAAAGGGUUGAUAUAUCCGGCAAUAACUUCUCCGGUGAGUUGCCAAACUUGUCGUUGAUCUCCGGGCUUAAGUCAUUUUUGGCUCAAGAUAAUCAGCUAAGUGGAUCAAUACCUCAGCUUGAUUUUGAAUUCCUUGAUGACUUUAACAUCUCCGGCAACCUAUUCACCGGUAAAAUACCUAAAGAUGCCGCAAAGUUUGGAGCUGAAAGCUUCUCCGGUAACCCAGGUUUAUGCGGAGAACCAUUGGCAAGAGUAUGUCAAGAUGAAACAACUGCAAGCGACGAGUCCAAAGCGAUACCGGGAGAAAAGCUUGCUAUGAUCAUAGGCUAUGCUUUUUUAGGCUUUGUUGUGAUUCUUUUUCUUGCAUUCAUGAUAUACAAGAAGAUAGAUAACAAGAAGAAGGAGAGGACAAACACUAGUGUGAAUCCAAUCAAUGCAUCAGAGUCUAUCACGGAAAGAUCGCCGUAUUCCAUCGAUGGUUUAUUGAACAUGGACAGCCCAUUGAUCGCAUCUGCAUUGGUUGUGCUGAAACCAAAUAUGAGUAUCCCUGAACUGAGCUUUGAGAAUUUGUUGAAAGCUCCAGCGGAGUUGUUAGGGAAGAAUAAGAAUGGGAGUACAUAUAAAGUUGUGCUUGAAGAAGUGGGGAGUACAUUUGUUGUGAAGAGAGUGAAGGAAUUGAAGAUGUCAGAGGAUGAGUUUAGUAAGAGGAUGCUAAGGAUUGAUAGAACAAGGCAUGAGAGUGUUUUGUCUGCUGUUGCAUUUUAUUGCUCUAAGAAUGAGAAACUAGUGCUCUAUGAUUAUCAGCAGAAUGGAAGCAUCUUCAACCUUCUUCAUGGCAAUUUCAAUGCUAAUCACCAACCUCUAGACUGGUACAAAAGGCUUGAUAUAGCUUCAAGAGUUGCCAAUGGCCUGGCAUUCAUGCACAAAGAACUAGAAGAUAUAAAUCUCAGUCAUGGCAAUCUCAAGUCCACCAACAUUCUCAUGGGCAUUGACAUUAAUCCUGUUAUAAGUGAGUAUGGUCUCACAGUUCAAAGUGGAACAAAGAAGAAUGACUUCAUGGAUGAUGUUUUCAACUUUGGUGUCAUUCUUCUUGAGUUGUUAACUGGAAAAGUAGUGCAGAACAAUGGCACUGAAUUGGCUCAGUGGGUGCAAUCUGUUGUUAAAGAAGAAUGGACUGUAGAGGUCUUUGAUAAGUUUAUCGUCGGCGAUACAGCGAAUGAGGAGACGAUGGUGAGGCUGCUUAAGGUUGCUCUUUUGUGCAUGAACUCUGGCCAUGCAUCAGGACCGAGCAUGGCCGGAGUGGCAUCUAUGAUUGAUGAAUUAAGAGAAGAUGAGGAGGAAGGGUCUAUUGUUUCUCUCAAGUGUGAUAACUGAGACAAUGGACUGUGUGUGAGUUCUAUCAAUGUAUCAAUUUGUGCAGCAGA